GAAGAGCCCAAGAUUUCCCUGCCGAAGUGAAAAGCACUAGCUCGUGUCACUUUGACUCAUAGGUAUUGAAAUUCUACUCAUCCGGGUGCAACGUUGUUUCUAUCGCCAUUUUUGCGAGAUCUGGUGCUGUCGGCAAUAUGCCUAGCGAUACGCUGCUAGGGCUCCAGACAGGUGGAUAUAGACUCCGCAGAAGACAUGAAAAGUCCAGGAAUGGUUGUAUGAGAUGCAAGCAGCAGAGAAAGAAGUGCGAUGAGCUGAGACCGAACUGCUCUAGAUGUAGCAAGUUCAUGUACAGAUGUCAAUACCAGACCAGCCUGAGUGAUGGAGACUUGAAUCAAGAGCGGGACCUUGCCCAUUUACCUGUUCCUGACUUUCAUGCCCCGCCCGCAAGUCCCAGCACUAUAGCGUCAAGAUCUGGGUCCCCACUUGCACUUCCGAUUGAUGGCCUGUCGAUUCCAAGUCCUUCAUCUACGGGGCUACCAGCUUCACUUUCGAGUGGUAGUGUGAAUGAGGAACGGCUUCCUUCUAACCAGGAAUCUCCACGCCCACUCGACGGCCCGGAACUCAGUCUUCUGAGCCACUAUAUCUCGCACACUAGCCAGGUCAUACCUGUCGAUGAUCUCGAUCUCUACGCUCUUUCGGUCGGAGUGCCGAAUCUUGCUUUCAAUUGCAAAGCUGUCAUGUCAUCCCUGCUCGCCUUGGCCGCAGCUUGUAAGUCACAUGAUAUAACUAAGCACGCCCAGGAGCCUCUCGAUCCUCAGGAUGUAAAGGCGAUUCGAGAUCUUCUUGCACUGGCGGAGGGCCAUCAUGAGGCAUCUCUGCGACACAUCCAAGCAUCCAUGCGGAAUGCGGAGUCCUACGAUGAAAUUCUCGCCAACGCGGCAUUGAUGGUAUUGUACGCUUCCGCAAGCCACUCCAUCCGAGUACAUCUUGCGGCCACUGCAAAGCGAUCCGGGAAACGACUACCACACGAAGUGUUACCGCAGCAUUCCCAAUGGAUCUCAUUCACACGCGCAGCUCACACCGCGUCUACGGCCGUUCUUAACAACAUCGUUGAGGAUGCGGAGAAAGAUUGCAUUUCAACUACCAGUCCAGCUAUAGAUGCAAGACUUGAGCUACCCAGGGCAGGCGUUUGUAGCGCGAGCGUCCUAUCGCCGCAAGAUGGUCCAUCCGAUCAUACGAAGCGCUUGUUUCUCCCUCUAGUCGCAUCCACAUAUGUUAGAGCGCUUGAGGGACUACGCAGAAGGGCCGAAUCCACCGCCGCUCAUUUGAAAGGCUCAGACUUUCCUUCCGAUUGCACUGAGCUCCACGCAUCAUUGGAGACUAUGUCUGUGCUUGAAAAAUGUGCAUCCUCCGCCCUAUCCCCAAGGGAGAAUACCAGGGUGACCGAAACCCCAAAAGAUCACCCCAAGCCGAUCCAUGGAUCAUCCCGAGUCUCGCCAUGGGUGGCAAAAUACAUGAUAAGCGUCACAUCGAUGGAGUCGCCGCAGGUCCUCCGACGGAUCAUCAUGUCCUUUCUGAACAAAGUGCCAGCCGAAUAUCUGAACAUCGUUCAGUCGGUGCUAAACUCUCCUUACGUCGAGCGUAGGGCUGCGAAUUUGAUGACGCGAGACUCGGAAUCACCCGGAACCGAGGUGCCGUUGCUGGGUGCAACGAGUUUGCUGGCAAUGGACAUCUUUGCCCAUUGGCUAGUCCUCGUGAUGCUUUUGGAUGGUGUCUGGUGGAUCGGUGAUAUUGGGGAAUGGGAGUUGAGUCAAAUUAUGUCGUUGAUGAAGGCGCAGAAUCUGUUGGGUCAGUCUGCUGAUAAGGGAGAGACAUGGUGGCCUGAGACUAUGUUCUUAGUUAAGAGGGAGCUAACUCCUAGUGUUUUGAACUGAUAGAGG